AUGACUGACAGUCCUCAAGCCCGGCUAAGGAGGAACCUGCACCGCGUGGCGCGCGCCGAGGGCGUGCGCAAGUUCAGCACGCCCAUCGGGCUCGACAACAUUGUGCCCGUCGAUCUGAUCGUGGUCGGCUCGGUGGCCGUCUCCAAAGACGGGUACCGGAUCGGCAAGGGCGAGGGCUACGCUGACCUGGAGUACGCCAUGGCGCGCGGCGCCGGCGCCGUGUCGGAAGAGACGCUCGUCAUCACCACCGUCCACGACGACCAGGUGUUCGACUACCUGCCUCCGGAGCUGUUCGGCGCGCAAGCGACCUGCACGGUGGACAUGAUCGUGACCCACCGACGCAGGUCAUCCACGGUCAGCCAGCGGACACGCCAAGAUCGUCCUGGCAUCAUCUGGAACGCUGGUGACGGCCGGCGCAAGCUCAAGGCCAUCCCCAUACUUAAGGCGCUGCGGGAGGUUGAACAGGGCGUGGAGUACCGCUUCGGCCGCCAGUCGGCUGACGAGGAGCCGGGCCGGCGGCCGCGUGCGCGCCGGGACCGGCCGCCGAUCGACCACGCCGACGGUCUGACGGUGCUGGUGCGGCGCAUCCCGUCGGACGCGCGGCCGCGCGACCUUCGCGAGGCUAUCGUGGCGGCCGACUCGCCGGCCACCAUUCUGUCGUGGAAGGGCCGCCAGGGCGCGGCCGGCGCCAUCGAGCCCACCAUCGCCUGGAAGGGCCGCCGUGGCAUGGCUUUCGUGCGGCUCAGGUCGGCGGAGGCAGCCGCCGAGCUGGUCGCCAACGCCGACAAGCUGCGCACGAUCAGCGACGACCUGGUGGUGGAGCGCUACAAGGGCCGCGAGCGGGACGACUCGGACUCGACCCAGCGGCUAAGUCGCCUUCUAACGCCCCCGUGGCAGGUGGCGAGCGCGAGGCAGAGCCUGCAGCAGCGACGACAGGCGGGUUGA